CUCGGCAGAGCUCACACACUUCCGGUCAGGGAGAUGGCGGCUGUCUAGACCCCGUGAUUGACUGGCUGCGGUACCCAGGUUGCGGGUGGGACCUGCAGCGGUGUGGACGGGUGCGGGCUCCGUGUCGCCGUGGGCUGACUGCGACCCGCCUUGCCGCAGCUCCAGGUUCGUCCCACGUGAGGAGUUGGAGGCUGUGAGGUCCCGAGACGGGACGUGACCACCCGGGGCCUGGCCUCGCUCCCGUGCACGACCCAGCGACCCAAGCGCUGGAGCCUCGGGUGACCGAACUCGCCGCCUCGGGAGGAGCUGUGGGCAGCCGCAGGCCGACCUCUGCAGCGCCCGGUGACCGGGCAGCCGCGUGUGUCUGCUCGGCAGGAUCCUGGCUUCUGCUGUCCCGUCUCCAUCCCACCACCCCGGAGCCAUGGAGGUGGCUGAGGCCAACAGCCCCACCGAGGAGGAGGAGGAGGAAGAAGAGGAGGAGGAGGAAGGAGAGGAGCCUACCUCUGAGCCCAGGCCUCACACUCGCUCCAACCCCGAGGGAGCUGAGGACCGGGCCCUGGGGGCUCAGGCCAACGUGGGCAGCCGCAGCGAGGGUGAGGGCGAGGCAGCCAGUGUGGAUGAUGGGGCCGCCAGUGUCUCGGGAGCCGGGCCCAAGCCCUGGCAGGUACCAGCACCAGCGCCUGAGGUCCAGAUUCGAACACCAAGAGUCAACUGUCCAGAGAAGGUGAUCAUCUGUUUGGACCUUUCAGAGGAGAUGUCUAUGCCAAAGCUGGAGUCCUUCAAUGGCUCCAGGACGAACGCCCUGAAUGUAUCUCAGAAGAUGGUGGAGAUGUUUGUGCGCACCAAGCACAAGAUUGACAAGAGCCAUGAGUUCGCCCUGGUCGUAGUGAACAAUGACUGUGCCUGGGUGAGGCUGGGGGACAGGGACCCUGGGGACCUCAGGGCCUGGCUGUCCGGCCUGACCUCUGACCCACGAGAGCUCUGCAGCUGCCUGUAUGACCUGGAGACAGCUUCCUGUUCCACGUUCAAUCUGGAAGGCCUCUUCAACCUCAUCCAGCAGAAGACCGAGCUGCCAGUCACCGAGAACGUGCAGACCAUCCCACCCCCCUACGUCGUGCGCACCAUCCUGGUCUACAGCCGCCCUCCCUGCCAGCCCCAGUUCUCCCUGACUGAGCCCAUGAAGAAGAUGCUCCAGUGUCCCUACUUCUUCUUCGACAUCGUUUACAUCCACAACGGCGCCGAGGAGAAGGACGAGGAGCUGAGCUGGAAGGACAUGUUCGCCUUCAUGGGCAGCCUGGACACCAAGGGCACCAGCUACAAGUAUGAGGUGGCACUGGCAGGCCCCGCCCUUGAGCUGCACAACUGCAUGGCCAAGCUGCUGGCCCACCCACUGCAGAGACCCUGCCAGACCCAUGCGAGCUACAGCCUGCUGGAGGAGGAUGAGGAGGCCGGUGAGGGAGAGGCCACCGUGUGACCUGUGACCUGUGACUAUGAGG